AUGCCUGAGCCUCAAAGUGAGCCCUUGGGUCAGAUACACUCUAUCCGGCGCUCAGUUACUUUCCCCACGAAGUUAAUUCCGCAGUCGACACGCGGUUCCGGUGCGCCAAAUCCAAAUGUCGCAGAGAACGUCAUCUUCUAUCAUCCCUCCGCGAAGAUAGUCCAUUUUGCUCCCAGGGCUUUGGCCCCGAUUCCGUCGAGCUCCGCGCCCACCGAUUUUGAUUAUCCCGUCGAUACAAUCGAAACGCUCCCCUGGCGCUCUGCGACGGAGCGAACCGUCGCAACUGCGCCACUGAGACUCGAGAAAGUCCAUGGGCUGACUGUGUUCCUGAAAUGCGGAAAUGUCGUCCAUGCGAUUCUAAAGAACUCACAGUGCUGGUGUGUGGAUGGGGUUUCGAAAUUUGUCCUGCGCAUUCGCCCUCUCACAUAUUACCGCAUCGAAAUACCCCACGAAACUCAGGAGGAGAAAGGGUUGGUAGAGGAUUUAAAGGUCGCUUUACCAACGGUACUCCGCUAUGAAGUUACUCCAUGUCCUUUCAAACGAGAAUUCACUGUAGAGCUCCCUGAGGAAGCUACGGCGCCUCGGCGCAAGAAAGCCUGGCGCCCCAAGGGUCGCAAGGAGAGCGUGGUCGCAUCAUCCGGAAGUGAACAGGGUUCUCCAGUCGAAGGCAAGCCAGAAUGGCUUGAUUCUGUUAGUACAGGAGAUGACACUGAUGGAGCUGCAACCGAUGAUAGUGCAGUACCACCCGAGCGGUCUGACAGAAUAACUUCGGAUGUUUUGUCGGCGCGUGACAGAUCGCCUUCUCCUGGCAUAUAUGAGCUUCCUCAACAGCCGAGGGUUACGAGACGAUCAGUUACCGAAACACCACAAACAUUCAGUAGCCUCCGAGCCAAAUUUGAUGUUCCGUUGGUCCCAGAAGAACAGCACGGUAUUGAGCCUGCGCCUAUGGCUGAAUCUGAGUUUACGGUUGAAAAUGCGGCAGCCUCCGAAUUGGGGCCAGUCGCUGAAUCCACGUCCAUCUCUAAGUCUGAGCCUAUCGCUGGAUCAGAGCCUGGUCGCAUGGUUGAGCUUGAAUCUGAGCCUACGCUCACUCAAUCUAGCCCCGCGCAGCCUCAAUUUACUGCAACCCCCAAGGUUCUUGAAGAACAGCUUGAGCCGACGAUUUCAAUUCAAGUAAAUGAUGAGCCUGCUGAAGUAAUCACCAAACCGGGUGAGCCUGUUAACGACGAGGAAAAGGGGUUCGGAUCCUCGUUGGCUUACGCGGACCAUGAGUACAAAAAGGCUGAAAACGAACUUGUAAGCAAGAUUGAGCUGCCUAUUGAGCCAAAGAUUGAGAACACCGAAACUGUGUUGCAUGAAAUUAAGCCUGAAACCCCUGCGAAUGACCCAAUCAGCCGGCAUGAAGCUAUUCCUGUUAACUACGUUUCCGAGGCUGAUGCUUUGGAGCCCAAAACUACUAAAGAUGAAUUGUCAGAGCUCAGCGAGGAACAUGCUUCGUCCGAGCUCGACUCAAUGAGUGACGAUAAGCUUCCUGGCUCUAUUCAUAUUGAAGCUGAGCCUACUGAGCCUACUGAGUCUGCUGAGCCUACUGAGCCUCCUGAGCCUGCUGAGCCUGCUGAGCCUACUGAGCCUACUGAGCCUACUGAGCCUACUGAGCCUGCUGAGCCUGCUGAGCCUGCUGAGCCUACUGGGCCUACUGGGAGUGACAUGACCCAACCCGGCCAAGGUCAGGCUCAAACAGGGCCCCGAUCAUCCAAGGAUGAGCCACUGGGUGACAUCCUUGCUUCUGAGUCUGAAAAUUAUCCAAAUCAUUCAUUUUCAUCCACACCUGAAUCUUUUCAUUCCGCAGAGCCCCACUCGCCAUCCGACUCAAUUUCCACCCAUGCUACUUCCUUGGGUUCUCCUGGCACGGUGCACAAAUUUAAGAUGACACAUGACCAAGAUUCUACGCCAGUUUAUCCGACCACAAACACAAUACCAUCUGAUACGGUCAACAACAGCGCAGUCUCUAAUGUCGUCACAAAUUCGACAGAGGAGUCCCCUAUUAUUAACAGAUCUCAGACGGCUCGGGAAGAUCCGCCUCGGCCUUCAUUGAAUAUUCCGUCAACCUCAAGACAACCCAACCUAACAUCUGCUUUUCCCUCGGACCUCACUCAAAUGAGUUCCGAGUUCCGUCGCCGAGCACAGGCAACCAGACAACGAGAUGUUUCCCCAAUGCCAGCCCCUUCUAAUAUAUACCAGCCGACCCCUGGAGAAGAAUCCGCCUCGCUAAUCUCCAAAGCUUUGACUCUUGUGCUGGUACCACCCAUUUCCCUGUUCAUCAUUUUGCUCCAUAUCGCCGCCCGCAUUGUCAUCAACCCAUCUGUCAAUUCUACCAAGGCCAUCUCUCAAUCCGGGUCACAGUCAUCUUCCAAAAUCAACGUGCCCGAGGAUGACUUCAGCUUUCCUCUGGAGCGUGAACCAUCAUCUGAAUACGAAGAUGCCCAGAUGACGAAGAAAACUGAUCCAUGGGAACUUGACUAG